UUUCCUACACACGGCAGGCCGGGGCAGCUUAGAAGCGACUCAUUGUUUUGUAAUUGUCCCAAUGGCCUUCUGUCCUCGCUGGUGUGCCGGUACAGCUGCGAGACGAGUCUAGAGCUAGAUGUUGAGAGCCUCGCACACACACACACACUCUCUCUCUCUCUCUCUCUCUCUCUCUCUCUCUCUCUCUCUCUCUCUCACACACACACUUUGACACACUCCGUUCGGACGGGACACUAAGGAAGUGUGUUAGCAGCAUGAAGGAGAAACAGGCAACAGCUGGAAUAACUUUCUAGAAAGUGUAGAGGAGGCAUGGAUCUCUCACCAGAGUAGGAGACAAAAAACUACUUUCAAGCACAUGACAUGGACCAGUCCCACAGCGCCCCCUUCAGCUCAGAGAAUGAGGCUCAGGGAGGCGACUCGGCUGCAUGGCAGUGUACCCCUCCCCCAUCUACCUCACCUUCAGGGGAGACGCCGGCCCACCCUCCUCCCUCCCAGCCCGCUUCUAGACCCCGAUCCAGGUCGGCCAGCCAAAGCCCCUCCCCUCCCUCUGCCCUGAUGGGACCCAAGAAGAGAAGCUCCAAACCGGCACACAUGAGACGCAACAUCAGGAAGUUACUGAGGGAGCAUCAGUUAGAGGCCGUGACCAAAGCCGCCCAGCAGGAUGAGCUGGAGAGGAGGCGACGUCUGGAGCAGCAGAGCAAACAGGAUUUCCCCGUACCACUGCUGCCUGAAUACACAACUGGCGAUGUGACAAAGCACGUGUCAUCGUCGUCAGCAUCGACGGCAUCGCAGCAAGAAGUGAAGUCGGUCAGGCAGGGAGUGAUCUGCCUGGACUCCAGCAGCACUGGCGUCAGCGAGGAUGACAGCAAGACUAAUGUGCCCACCUCCGCCACCACAGAGAGCACACACAAAACAGAUGUGAUCGAUCUGAGCUCAGGCGAGGAUGACGCCAUCGUCCACGUCAGCAGCGAAUCGGCCAUCGAGGAAGAAGAGAGCGAGCCGAGCGGCGCGCACGCUAAUGACGUCCUCAACCGACCAGACACCCAGGGCAGGGUGCUGGUCAACGUGAACCAUCCAUCUACAGAGAAGGACAUUUUCUUGUUGCCUCAGCUGGCGCAAGCAGUCAAACCUCACCAGAUCGGUGGAAUCCGCUUCCUGUAUGACAACCUGGUGGAGUCCGUGGAGCGGUUCAGCAGCAGCAACGGAUUCGGCUGCAUCCUCGCUCACAGCAUGGGCUUGGGCAAAACGCUGCAGGUCAUCUCCUUCAUCGACGUCCUGUUCAGGAACACCCAGGCUCACACCGUGCUCGCCAUUGUACCUGUGAACACGCUGCAGAACUGGCUGUCAGAGUUCAACACGUGGGUCCCGCCCCUGGAGGCGAUAUCUCCAGAUACCGACCCAGGACUGCUGACGCCUCGUGCCUUCAAGGUUCACAUUCUCAACGAUGAACACAAGAACACAACGACCAGGGCCAAGGUGGUGGAGGACUGGGCACGGGACGGAGGGGUGCUGCUGAUGGGCUACGAGAUGUACCGCCUCCUGUCGCUGAAAAAGAGCUUUGUUGCGGGGAGGAAGAAGAAGAGCAAAAAAACAACGGGACCUGUGGUUAUCGACCUGGAUGAAGAGGACAGGCAGCAGGAACUGCUCAAAGGUAUCGAGCGAGCCUUGGCCCGGCCUGGUCCAGACGUGGUGAUCUGUGACGAAGGCCAUCGCAUCAAGAACUGCCACGCCAGCACGUCACAGGCUCUGAAGAACAUCCGAACCCGUCGCCGUGUGGUCCUGACCGGCUAUCCGCUACAGAACAACCUGAUUGAGUACUGGUGCAUGGUUGACUUUGUACGACCAGACUUCCUAGGUACGCGGCAGGAGUUCAGCAACAUGUUUGAGCGUCCCAUUCUGAACGGGCAGUGUGUGGACAGCACGCCUCAGGACGUCCAGCUGAUGAGGUACAGGAGCCACGUCCUGCACAGCCUGCUGGAGGGCUUCGUACAGAGACGAGGUCAUGACGUCCUGAAGGACCAGCUGCCCUCUAAAGAGGAACAUGUGAUCUUGGUGCGUCUGUCUCCGCUGCAGAGGGCGCUCUACACAGAGUUCAUGAACCGCUUCAGAGAGGCAGGGAACACCGGCUGGCUCAGCCUCAACCCACUGAAGGCUUUCUGUGUCUGCUGCAAGAUUUGGAACCAUCCAGACGUGCUGUACGAGGCCUUACAGAAGGAAAACAUGGCCAGUGACCAAGACUUAGACCUUGAUGACAUCACCUCCACAGGCCCCGCCCGAUGUCCAACCGCACCCAAUCAAAAGUCCAAGCCCCUGGAGAACCCUAACCCCAUUGGUGGACUGAGCCUCAACCAGCUGCAGGAGAAAGCCAACCAGGUCAUCACUUAUGAAUGGGCAAAGGAUAUCAUGUAUGACUACAAGCCCGGCAUGCUGGAGAACUCUGCCAAAAUGGUGCUGCUGUUCCAUCUGAUAGAGGAGAGCGUCAGGAACGGAGAUAAAAUCCUCGUUUUCAGUCAGAGUCUGUCUACCCUGACAGUUAUUGAGGAUUUCCUGGCUAAGAGACCUGUGCCUCCCUCACCCAACACAGCCAGCAGAGACAGACCCAACCAGAACUGGGUCCGCAACCUCAACUACUACAGAUUGGAUGGAAGUACAACAGCCUCAGAGAGAGAGAGACUGAUCAACCAGUUCAAUGAUCCGUCCAACACCUCAGCGUGGGUCUUUCUGUUGUCAACCAGGGCUGGCUGUCUGGGUGUAAACCUGAUUGGAGCGAACCGUGUGGUGGUGUUUGACGCCUCCUGGAACCCGUGCCAUGAUGCCCAGGCUGUGUGCCGCGUGUACCGCUACGGUCAAAGGAAGCCUUGUCACAUCUACCGGCUGGUGUGCGACUUCACGCUGGAGAAGAAGAUCUAUGACCGGCAGAUCUCCAAACAGGGCAUGUCAGACCGGGUGGUGGACGACCUGAACCCUGUGCUGACCUUCACCAGGAGGGAAGUGGAGUCCCUUCUUCACUUUGUAGAGGAGGAGCCGGACCCCUCUCAGGUCCAGCUGCAGCCCCAGGACAGCUUGGAGAGUGUCCUCAUGAGGGCUCUGCACCUUUAUCCUCACCUGAUUACUAAGCAACCAUUCCCCCACGAGUCCCUGCUGAUAGACCGCAGGGAGCUGAAGCUGAGCAAGGCUGAAAAGAAGGCAGCAAAGAAAGGUUACGAAGAGGAGAAGAGGGCAUCUGUGCCAUACACCCGCCCUUCCUACGCUCACUACUACCCUGCCAGUGAUCAGAGCCUCACUAACAUCCCUGCCUUCAGUCAGAGAAACUGGCGUCCUCCUCCUCGCACUGAAGAGAAACCAGUGGCCAGUGUCCGGCCAGUCCAGUCAACUCCAGUUCCCAUGAUGCCCCGCCAGGCGUCUGCAGGCUCUGCACCAGGCAACGACUCAUCAGGAUCCAGCCUCGGAGGUUUUCCCGUCAACUGCCUGCAGAAAGCCGGGGUUUUUGUACAAAGGAUCGUCACCACUACUGACAUAGUGAUUCCAGGUACCCACAGCUCAACAGAUGUACAGGCCAGGAUCACUGCUGGAGAGAGCAUCCACAUCAUCAGGGGCACCAAAGGGACUUACAUCAGGUCAUCUGAUGGUCGCAUCUUUGCCAUCAGAGCAGCUAAUAAGGCCAAGACUGCAGAGGAAAGUACUACAGCACCACCCAAAGACUCCCAGGCCCUACCAGAGGAAGUGUCAACCAAUGGCAGCAACGGUUGCCUGUCACCUGACAGGAAGCAGCAGGUACCCUCCAAGCCUGUGCCCCGCCCUCUCUCACCGGACAGCCCGGAGAUAAUCAGCGAGCUGCAGCGCUACACGGGUGGCACAGGAGCUGGCACCACCGCUGGCUCUGGAGCUCAGCCAGAGAGCAACAUGAACAACCUGCCAAACGCCAAACUGGCUCAGACAAAUGGCAGCAGUGGGAGCAGUUUUGCCAGUGGAAAUAUGAGCCACCAUGAUGCCUCUGUGACAAACGUGAUCCAGCCCAACAUGGACGCCACUGCAGCCCAGGACCUGAGAACAGGCUCCAAGCGUAAAGCCUCCACCCCGUCUCUGGAGGAGCGGCCCAGUAAGCAGUCCUCUGCGGACAAACACUCCUCAGCCCCUCUGGCCACUCAAGGCUUCCCCUUCACCGGGGCCUACGGUCUCCCCCCUCUGGGUCUCAACCCCGCCAUGUUAGGUGGGUCACUGGGGCACCCACUCUUCAUGGGGGCAGGCUCGCCUUACUUCCAGCCCCCCCACACUCAACUUGGUGACCCCAGUUACAUGUACCCAGAUCUGUUUGGCUUCAGCGGGGCCAGCGCAGUCCCCACUUCCUCAUCCUCCUCCUGCUCGACGACAACCACUGCAGCUGCCGUCUCAUCUUCCUCAUCAUCUUCUGCAUCGGUCAAAGCUGCCAGUUCAGUUCCAGGAGCCCUGCCGCCAUUCAUGCUGAGCCCCAGCAUGGUGGGCAUGGCUGGGAUGCUCCCACCAGGCUUCCCUUUGUCUUACAGUCAGUCUCUGGCUAGCCUCUACACUGGGUCCAUGCUCCCGGGCGGGCUGCCCGGCCCAGCCGCCACUCCUGGGCCAGCUGGAGCCAGCUUUCUCUCCCAGUACCCUCCCACUGCUGCCUCCGGUUCCUCCUCAUCUUCUCCUUCCUCUUUUUCCCCGUCAGCACGGUCUGAGGGCCACCGGGGCCCGGUGCUGAUGAACGGCGGGAAUGUCAGCAGCGCCAGCAGCUCGGAUGAUGACGAUGUAAUUGAGGUGAGGGGACAGUGACAGACAAAUGAUGUGUUUGUUUGAGCGAGCUUGAUUCAAUUUAAAAGUCAUCAAAAUAGGAUGACAUCCUGUUUGCCGGGAGGAAGGCAUCAAAGGGCCUGUGCCCGAGGCCGUGAGGGAAAUGGACAAAAAAAAUGAAAGACAGUUGAUGUAAUGACAACUGAGCCCCUGCUAAAGUGUUUCCUCUGUUCGUCUCCACUGCCUUGGAGAAACAGUCUGAAAGGGGAUUGAACGCAGACUGAACACAGAGCGACAAAUCUUAAUGCUGAAUAUCAGAAGAUUAAACCCAAGGAAGAAUAAAAGCUCCAGAGGGAAGAAGAAGAAGAAGAAGAAGAAGAAAAUGAAGAUCAAAGGACUUCGGGCUUCCAAGUUUUUGUCCAAUACUGGCAUUGAAAUACUAAUCACUGGACUUAGAACUGCUGAGUGUGGGCCUGCAGUGACCACAAAUGGCCACUAGUUGUAGUGUUGACUUUAGAGAUUCUAGUUCUGCAGCUUUGCUAAAUGUCAAGACUCUUUUGCUUUUUUCAGCUAAUUAAAAAAACGACAGUAGGGUGGAGUUGCUUACAAAAAAAAAAUGGUUUGAUAAUUAAGUUAGCUGGUAGUAACGUUUGUUAAAUAUCAGUAACUGAAAUGGUAUUGUUUGUCAGUCGUCGAAUAAUGCUACUGAAUAUUUCUUCAAAUGGUAAAAGAUCAACAGAACUUCAUAAAAGCAUUUUGAUUGAACCCAAUAAUUCACUGCCAGGACAGGGGUAUUGUACGUUUUGUUCUUGAAGAAAAAACAACAACAAAGAAGCGAGAUCAUCUUGAAUUAUCAAAGAGGCGUUUGAGGCUUAUCGAGGUUGAGGUUAAAGGCAAUUACUGAAACCUUAAAACUCUAAUGAAAGAAUGUAUGCUUAAUCAAAUGCCUUUAAACCAGGCCUUUUUGAAAAAGACUCCUUCUAUUUAGGCAUCAGACGUGGGAAGAUCUGAUUUUUUUUUUUUUUUUUGGUGCAUUUUAUAUUUAUGUAAUCUCUUUUACUUUUUAAAAGAAAAAGAAAAAAAAUGCCUAAAAACAGCCAGGUGAAAAAGAGAAAAAAAAACUGUGUUCUUGUGAGGUGUCCUCCUCGUAGCGGAGAAACAACCAACAGAAAAUGCCUUUUUGCCUCCAUCUUUCUGAAUGUUAACUGUGAGAGAGGAGAGGUAAAGAGAGACGGGCGGUCACUGCGGCUCUCUGAAUCUCACCCACAGUCUUACUGUAGCCUAGAGAAAAGCGAUGCAAAGCACUCACUCAAGCCUAUAUAUGUAUUCGUACGACCCCCCCCAGAGGAAUUAAUCUCGCAACCCCCAGAGUUUUGGUUACGCUUGUGUCGGUUACUGUGUUCGUGUCUGUGUGUUGUGUUCGCAAGGGUUACAAAAGGAAUCUUUUUAAAAAAAAAAAAAGAAAAGAAAGAAAAAGAAACUCGUGUUACUCGGUUUGGUAACUCGUUCUGACGACAGCACGGAUUCCACCUCUUCUCUGCUGUUUUUAUUCCCCUCUCUCUGUCUCAUCUCAUUUUGUGAACAGAGGUCAUUGUGAAACCAAACUUUUUUUUUUUUUAUGAGAGAUGGUGUAGUUCUGCCAAAAACAAGACAUACACAAGCACAUCAGAGCCCUCUAUCGAAGAGGAUUGUGUCUUAAGAGACCAAAUAAUGUCAACUAUGUAGAGCAGAAUUGAAAAAGCCCACCCCAGCGACACGCUCUCUCUCUACAGCAUCCUCACAGCCACAGUGGAGACGUACAUAUCCAUCUCUCUGUAUGACCUUGCAGGUAACACUGUACACUGAACUGCACUGUAAAAGAGACACAAAUCUGUAUACGUCUGUAGACCGGUUGAAAGCUGGGAAAACUUCAUCACGUGACCAAGUUCCCUUUAGAUCACCCAUCAGUUCUGCUGUUCCGAUCGAUCCCCUCUGAUCACACAAACCGAUCUGCUACGGUCUGCACUGUCCCUGUGUGGAAGAUCUUCUCCUCCAAAAAAAUGGCUGCAGCGAGAGCUUUAAAACCCCACCAGCUCUUUUGUCGAAAAACAUCAUCACGUAAAGACUGAGCAUUUCCUGUUCUUUCUCUUCCAUGUAUUUGUUCUUCAUACUGAAAUUGUUAGUUUACUCAUGUUUUAUUUUUGUCCUCCUCUUUUUACAAUGUUUGAAUUUACCAAAUUUAAUUUAUUUAUGACAGUGCAUAUUUAUUCAUUUUUAUUUUUGUACAAUUUUUUUCUCGGUUUUCCUUUUUUUUUUUUGUUGCUUUUCUUUAUUUUGUUUGUAAGAUGUUUAUGGUCAUAUUACUGUUGUUGUUAUUACAGAUGGAAAAAACGCUUUGGUUUCUUGUGUUUGGUGAUUUUUAUUUUGUUUUUUGUAAAAAAAAAAAUGGUGAUUUGCAAGUCUGACCCAGCACAUGUGAACUUGUGCAGAACUUGCAUGUGGACCAACUGAUGAGUGUGUUACUGUGCACAUUAAGGGUAGCAUCUUUAAGAAGGAUUGAUUAAUCAUCAUAUCCCAUUUGCGAUAACUCUGAUCAGCUCUUGAUUACGAGAAACACCCGAAAAAGGACAUUGGGGAUACACUGAUAUUAACGUGAGCUGUGGUAAAACCUUUUUGUCUCAGACUCCUUCAUCAAAGUAUCCUUCCUGUUCACAAGUUUCUUCACAACUGGGAAACAAAUCUUAAGUAUCUAACCAUAUGAGCCAUUUGUGUGCGUGUAAAUGAAGCUCAUUCACAAGUAAUGGGUCAGAAGUCGAAGCAGUCCAACCACUCAUCCGCUGAAAAGAAAGAAAAUAUAAUAUCGAGUGCUUUUCUUUCCUUUUCUUUCUUGUGGUUCAUUACCAUAUCAUCAGAAGUGUCCAUCUGUGUCAUCCCCACGAUGGCCAAACAAGCGAGUUUCCUCUGUGUUGAACUGUUUUGGGUCGUCAGCCCUGCGUUUGCCGCGCUGACUGACUGCUCUUUUUAUUUCGCAGCUUUCUACUUGAAUUUACAUAUUUAUUUAUACGAGUCGAUUCGGUCGGACGAGCCGAGCCAACUGUCUGAAUUCCAUUUUUAGCCGAGGAGAAGAUUAAAGCUGCUGUCUUUGAGGAUUGGCUCUAGUCAAAGCCUGUUGUGUAGUUUAUCGAUGGAUAAUGUGUAUGACCUUGGAUUACUUUUAGAUCCUUUUUUUUUUUGCUUUUUGAAGUUUGUAAAUAAAAAGAAACAUGUUCCAAAUAAUACUUUUCCUAAUUUCUUUACAUCAGUAGUAGUAGCAGAUGUAGUGCCUAGCCCCCUAUGUCUCUCCCUCACACACACGCACACACACAUAGGCAACCAAGCACAUGCAAAGUUAGCUAACUAAUAUGAACCACUUAUACAGUUUUACAGUCACGUGACCACAUCAUAAUUUACUCUCAAUCACAUCUCUAUACAAUAUAAACAAUUGCAUACUUAUGCCAUUAUAUUGUCUUGAAGUAACAAGAGUUGGCAUGCCUAUUGUCAAUUAAUAGACUUUGAUUAUGCAGAAUCACUUGGGCUCUGUUUAAGGAAGAAAAAAAAAUUACCCAGAUGUCCCAAAAUACUUUCAGUAAACAGCAACUGUACUGUAAGUCUAAUCUCCAUUGGUCAGUUUUAGUAUUUGGUGGUGUGUUUUUCUCUUUCCUUAAGAUAAAUAAUGAAACACUCGUCAGAAUCAGAUAUCAGCUCCAGACAACAUUUUAUUCCGUUAACUGGUUUUUAAAACCACAUUGCAGAUAAGACAUGAAAACCUACUUUGGCAUAGAGUAAUAAUGUUUCACAUUUUCAUCCCUUAAAAAGAUAAAUGAGGACACUACACGGACCAAGUCCUUAUAGGCAAAUUCUCUACUUUAAAUAUAUGAUACCUAUUUUAACAAUGUUGUUGAAAAAGUGUGUGGCAAAGUGAGACAAAUGGUAGAAUGAUUUGCCAACAUUUUAAAAAGAACUUUCUUGGUGUCUUCUGUUCAUUUGCACUCGUACAGGCGAAGUACAUUCAGUGUCAUUGCUUUUGGCAGCAUAUUUUUCUUAUCCUGUUCUAGUGGUAAGAUUGAUGGAAUGUACCACUGAGGGUGAAAUCUAGGUUUGGUUUGUACGACCCACUUUCCACGUCCUACUUGAAUAAAUGGUCAAUCACAUAGUGGAGAUUCUGUGUGUGUGUGUGUGUGUGUGUGUGUGUGUGUGUGAUACCUCCAUACAAGCAGAUGCUCAUUAAUAUAGACGUUUGAGCUGUCAAAUUGAAAUCUUCAAAAUAGAAUUAGGGCAAGAAAUACACAAAUUUGCCUCCUGACCAUUGUGUCAAUCCCCAAAUUCAGGCUUUACCCUGCAGGUUAUUGGAGUGUUUGGCUUGUCGGUGGUGUUGUAUAUUGUUAGCUCCACUCACCAAAAGAGGAUUAAAUAGAUAAAUAUAACAGAUGCAUCCACCUCCAUUUCCAGUGAGAGGUGUAAAAUGCACGAAUGAAAACAAGGAGUAUCUUGCUUCAUUUGAUUAAUGUCAGAGGGUGAUGACUUUGCAGAGACAAACGGCUGAGCUAACACAGCUCACUGGCUAAUUUGUAUGGUUAUUAAAUCGCAGAGCCCGACUACCUGUUUUGAUUUUGUAUGUACACCUGCGCUUUCAUUCGAUUACAUUUGAUCCAUAACUAUUAUGUUCCAGUUUACUGUCCACAGUGACUAUGACUUGCAAAUCCACACCCACUUUCACCAGAGAACUGGAUUUUAAAACAAAAUUGUACUUCCAGAUUAAAUUUAUAAGCCAAAAGGCCACAAUCAGAGAUAAAUCAGUGGUUGUAUAUCUCAGCCUGAAAAGACUUUGUAACUUCAUUUUUAGUGCACAUGGGUCUUAAAGUUAAGUGUAAAGGUGUUGUGUGUGAGUGCUUAAUUUGGUGAAACUGUGCAGCAUGUACCAUAAAGCACACUGAAUAUCAUCACAUUCGUCUCCUGGAUUGUUUUGUUUUUAUUUUCAUAGAUGCCUGUGAUCUUAAGCUUUGUGUUUCUGUAAACUCUGAGUGAAGGUUGCUGUGCAGUCUGUGUCCUUGUUCCAUGUUUCCUUGUUACAGCCUAUUUGUACGUGGUUUGUCUUUUUUUGUAGCCUAAAUGUGAUGUGAGUUCUUAUUUGUCAGAAUAAAAUGAAUGCAUCCGUA